AUGAGUUCUGAUUAUUAUAAGCAAUACGCGGAUUUUAUAGAGGCUUUUGAAAAGCUCUUCCACAUAAAAUCAAAUGAGCCUAUCGAGGAUAUGUGCAAUAUAAUAACAAACACAUUGAUUUCGAAGUAUCAGCUUUCUAUCAAACAUCUUACAAUGUUAAUUCAUGCGGCAAUUAGAUACAAUUAUGCAUCUGGAGAGAGUUACGUCAAAAUACUCGAACAUAUCGCCCCUAACGGGAAAAAAAUUCCGGAAAUUGAAUUUGAAACGGAGAGUUCAAUCAAAUAUAUAGUUAUGCAUGAUCAAAUUGAUAAAUUCAAGGAGUAUUUAAUUCAAAAUUCAAUAUCGGAUAAUUAUGUUUUUCUCGAAAUUCCUAAUUUGGGGAAAUAUGAUUUCUCUAAUUUUGGAAAGUUAUCAUUAAUUGAAAUUUGUGCCUAUUUUGGAUCUGUUAACAUUUUUUAUUUCUUGAUUUUGAAUCAAAUCAAUAAAAUAACUGAAAAGUGUCUUAGCUACUCUGUAAUUGGAGGAAAUCAAGACAUUAUCAACGAAUGCUUGAAAGAAAAUAAAAUGGAUAUUGAUUGUUUCAGAUGCAUUAUAAGAACACACAAUCAUGAUUUGCUUAAAUAUGUUUUUGAUAGAGAGAUAUUCACGCGUGAUGAUUUAUAUUAUGAGAAAUGGAUGGGUCGGAAAUGUCAGCCUAUUUAUGAAGAUAUCAUUACAUAUCAAAACCUUAAUGCUGUAUUUCUUUUAUUCAACAGGAACAAAUAUUAUAUCUUUCCAUGGGGUGCUGCAUUUCCGCAAACAAUAGAUAUUUUCAAAAACAAUACAUUCUCUAACAAAUAUAAUCGCACCGGUAGUGGAAUUAUUCAUUUUGCAUGUAAAUCACAAAAUAAUGAUAUUUGCAGAUUAUUGCUUGAGUCAUAUGAUCAAAUUAUAGUCAAUGAUAAUAACGUAGAAGAUUAUGAAUUAGAAGAAGAAGAUUAUGAAGAUGAAAGCAUUUUACAUGGUCCUGAUAUCAAUGAAAAAGAUAAGUUCGGAGAAACAGCUCUUCAUGUUGCAGUAAGAAAUAAUUGUAAAGAAACCGCUGAAAUCCUUAUUUCAUAUGGUGCAAAUGUCAAUGAAAAAGAUGAAUAUGGAAAAACGGCUCUUCAUUAUGCAGCAGAAAACAAUGAUAAAGAAAUAGUCGAAGUUCUUAUUUCACAUGGUGCAAAUAUCAAUGAAAAAGAUAAGAACGGAGUAAAAGCUAUUUGCAUUGCAGCACGUCAUAAUAGUGGAGAAACAGCUGAAGUUCUUAUUUCACAUGGUGCAAAUAUCAAUGAAAAAGAUAAGAACGGAGUAAAAGCUAUUUGCAUUGCAGCACGUCAUAAUAGUGGAGAAACAGCUGAAGUUCUUAUUUCACAUGGUGCAAAUAUCAAUGAAAAAUAUGAAUAUGGAAAUACAACUCUUCACUUUGCAGCAGAAAAUAAUAGUAAAGAAACCGUAGAAGUUCUUGUUUCACAUGGUGCAAAUAUCAAUGAAAAAAAUCAGUUAGGAAAAACAGCUCUUCACUUUGCAGCAGAAUAUAAUAAUAAAGAAAUAGUCGAAGCUCUUAUUUUACAUGGUGCAAAUCUCAAUGAAAAAGAUUUAAUUGAAAGAACAGCUCUUCAUUAUGCAGCAAGAAAUAAUUAUAAAGAAAUAGUCGAAGUUCUUAUUUCACAUGGUGCAAAUCUCAAUGAAAAAGAUGAAUAUGGAAAAACAGCUCUUCAUUAUGCAACAAAUUAUAAUUAUAACGGAAUAGCCAAUGAUCUUAUUUUAAUUGGUGCAAAUGUCAAUGAAAAAGAUGAAUAUAGAAAAACAGCUCUUCAUUAUGCAGCAGAAGGCAAUGAUAAAGAAAUAGUCGAGAUUCUUAUUUUAAUUGGUGCAAAUGUCAAUGAAAAAGAUGAAUAUAGAAAAACAGCUCUUCAUUAUGCAGCAGAAGGCAAUGAUAAAGAAAUAGUCGAGAUUCUUAUUUCACAUGGUGCAAAUCUCAAUGAAAAAGAUGAAAAUGGAAAAACAGCUCUUCAUUAUGCAGCAGAAGGCAAUGAUAAAGAAAUAGUCGAGAUUCUUAUUUCACAUGGUGCAAAUCUCAAUGAAAAAGAUGAAAAUGGAAAAACAGCUCUUCAUUAUGCAGCAGAAGGCAAUGAUAAAGAAAUAGCCAAUGUUCUUUUGUCACAUGGUGCAAAACUCAUCUCUGUACUUCCCUGCAACAAUCUCUCUGUUAAAAAAUACUUCGAGUACUAG